UCGAAGUGACCGUACGUGUUUCCCUCCCUCCCUCCCUCUCUCUCUCUCUCUAUCUCUCUCUCACAGUGGGGGAAACUACCUCAAUAGCUGGAGAGAAAGUUUCAAAAGAGAGAUGAGUGAUUCUAUAGUGUGUGGGCGGGGCGGGAGCGUGACAGAGCGGAAGGCAAGAUUGGAUGAAAAAACAACAUCUGGCAACUCUGCUAAAUCUGACACACACUCGCAGCCCUUCUCCCUAAGACAUUGCGGUAGCCUACAGGAACGCCAGCAGCAAUUUGCAGAGAGCGCCGCUAAACACACCGCUAAGAUGGCAAAGAACCCGUUUAGCGGCGAUUGCAAGGCCACCGCUGCCUCCACACUCGCUAAGGACGACCCCAACUACGGACGGCCAGUAGCAGGGAGCAAGACGGAGCGGAGAGGCAAGAACGCGGCCAAACACGUGAAUGCUGAGGUGGUGUUCCUAUGCGACAUGAUUCACCAAGAGGGAAUCCCACUUCCUGAUGGCACCGCGGUCAUUGCUUUUGGUGAACUGUUCCAGAUCUACACACGCAUUUCAAACAAGCUGGUGGGAAUGUUGCUGCGGGCGAGAAAGUACAGCCUAUUGACUUUUGAAGGGGAAACACUCUUCCAGCGAAGGGAUGACCACGUGCCUAUCAAAUUACUGAAGCCUAUACAAGAAAUUAGGGCCGAGCUGAAUGAAGACCAAGAUUUUGAUGUCGGCGUGUGUCAUAAGGCGCCGCGCUAACACACACGCACGCACGCAAUCACACGCACGCACGCACGCAAUCACACGCACGCAAAUACACGGACAUGCACGCAAACUCAAAUUCUUACGUUUUUUUAUUUGUACGCACACACACACACACACACACAUACACAAACACGCAAACUCAAAUUCUUAAGGUUUUUUUUCUAGUGUAUUUAUACGCACGCAAACGCAAACACACGCACGCAGAAACACGCACAUGCACGCAAAUUCAAUUUUUUUACGUUUUUAAGUUUAUUUAUAUGCACACGCAAAUUCACGCACGCACAAACCCGUACAUGGUUUUUUUUUUUUUUAUUUGCACGCACACACGGACACACACACACACACACACACACACACACACACACACACAUGCACGCAAACUCAAAUUCUUACGUUUUUAGUUUAUUUAUACGCACACACGCACGCACACACACGCAACAUGCACGCAAAACUCAAAUUCUUGCUUUUUUUCUUAGUUUAUUUGUAUUUAUUGAAGUUUUUGUUGUGUUUAUUGUUACGUUUUAAAGCAUUUUCAGUGACACACACACACACACACACACACACACACACACACACACACACACACACACACACACACACACACACACACACUCAUUCACCUUCCUAACUUAUCUGUGUUCCCAACUUACCACACACACACUCAUUCCUUCUCUCUAUAAAACCCACUUUUAUUUUUUUAUUAUUAUUUUCUCUCUCUCUCUCUCUCUCUCUCUCUCUCUCUCUCUCUCUCUCUCCAAUUCACUAAUAAUUUUUCCUUCUCUAUAUAUAUAAAUCUCUCUAUAUAUAAAUCUUACUAAUGGCUGUACUUAAAUUAAUUUAUUAAUUAAUAUAUGUAAGUAAAAAUUAUCUUAAUGUAUACGUGUGUGUGUGUGUGUGUGUGUGUGUGUGUGUGUGUGUGUAUUAAUAAACUUCUUUGUGACUUUUCUAA